AUGAUCAACAAGAUUGCUCUGGUUGGACUAUGCCUUGCUGGCAGCUUAUCUCAAUCAGCACAGGCUAGAGGACACCUUUCUGACAUUUUUUAUGGUUCCUCCAGCAGUGUCAAAGGUCGUGGUGCUGACUGCAACAGUGAUGUUCCAGAUGCAACAGCCGCAAAGCCUAGGCAGCCCCUCCCGUCUUUCGCAAGCUUUUCUUCAUCUGCAGGAUCCUCGACACCGGAUGUUUAUGAUCAAUACCAGGAAUACAAGGGGGCACUCUCAUCAUGGGCGGUACAACAGCUCGUCUCUCCCGAGUCGACAAUCUAG